AUGAUGGAAGAGGUGUCCAUGGUCAAUGCUUACGAUCCCCAUGCAAUUGAGCAGAUGAGCGAGGAGGAGAUUUUUGCCUGUCUAGAGUCUGAAACAGGACCUAAAUUCACAGUACCAACAAAGAAAGCUAAACUGAAGGAGUGCCGGCUUCAAAUAAUGGAUGACGAGGAAGACACUUUGGACAAAUAUGUGAAGGAAAACCGUCAGCUUCAGCAGGCCAGCCUUCGUCUGGAGCAGGAAAAUGACAAUCUGGCCCACAAAUUGAUCACCAGCAAGGUGGCCCUGAGGAACGCUCUAGACAAGGCGGAGGACAGAGUGGACGAACUAACCAAAGACCUUAUGGAAACAAGACAGCAACUGCAGAUCACAGAAGAGGAGAAAAGAGAGAAAGAGGAGGAAGCUGCCAUGCUGAAGGAAGUGUUUCGGAGAGAAAUAGAAAAGGCCGAGCAGAAACUCAAAAGGUCUUCUGGUAUCAUUGCAGACUACAAACAGAUCUGUUCUCAGCUGACAAACCGCCUUGAAAGCCAGCAAGCCGCCCACAGAGAAGAGAUGGAUUCACUUAAGAGUGCAAUAAAAGCUUGCUCCCACUGUCAACACAUCAUGAAUUCAGAUGAACCGUCUGAUAUAGGUCGGGACUCAGAAACGGCUGCGCAGACGGAAGAUCAGGAAGUGACUGAACAGGGCGUGGAGGAGAAGGAUGAAGGUCCCACACUGGAGGAGCAGAGGAGGAGGGAGCAGGAAAAGGAGCUCCUCAGGGCUCAGAUUGGGGAAUUGGAAAAGGAGCUGGUCCAGACCAAACUCCAGAUGGUGGAGGCCACGUGCAAAAUCCAGGAGCUGGAGCACCAGAAGGGAAUCCUGACCAGUGAUCUGCAGGAAGCAAAGAACAGCUGGAUCAGCAAGGCCUUCACCUCGCUGCGGACCUCCAGCGGGGGGCUUCACAGUCUUAACAUACACAAAGACGGGACUCACACAGUGGGUUGGAACCUCCACAGUGCCUCCCUCUCUGGAUGGAGCCCCAAGAAGCUAUCAUGGCCUCAUAGAGUCAAUCGAGAAAAUGUCUGA